CGUCCAUCCGCCAUUUUACGUGAUCACGUGACCAGUUACUAGUGCGUUGUGGUUUUACUGAAUUAUACAGAUAGUUUGUAAAUAGUACACUGUACAUACUGUACAAAUCAUGAGUUCGAGCAAUCGAACCACCUCUAAAGGUGGAAAAGGGUCAAAGACUGACAAAACACAAAAAUCAGAUAAAUCCGACACAGGUGAGUUUGGGGUGCUUUUUGAGAACGCGGGUGGUAAUAUGCGUGUCUCAGGGAAAGGUUCAGACAAGCAGCAAGCAAACAGAGAUAACACACAUGCAAAAUCAGAAGAUCCAUUGAUUAAGGAAAAAGUUAAGAAGUUGAUGGAGAUGUCCCAAAGGUCUGAAGAGGAGGUUUGUCUUGCCCUACAUGAUUGCGACUUUGAUGAAAACGCGGCCAUGAAUAUGCUUUUGGAAAAUAUGGGGCAAGGUGAGUGGGAGACUACGGUUAAAAAGAAAAAGAACCGCCAAGCGUCUGCUAGCAAGCAGGAAAAGACAGAGGAGACAGCCGGUGGUGACGAAUGGAACGACGUUCCGUCUACCGGUAGUGGUGGCGGCGCCGGCAAUGGUAACGAGAAGGACAAACCGCGUAACAAGAGCGGCCCACCUCGUCUUCACGGCCGACACAACGACAAUCGCGGGUGGCGUGGCCGAGAGAAACAAGAGAACGAGCGUAACCUCGAAGAGGGCGGCGGUAGCGGUCGCGAUUUCCACCGCGAUCGUCGCGGCAGACCUGGGGGAUCGACGCGUGGUCCUGGUGGCGGACGCGGAAGAGGCGGCGGACGGGCCGGAGGCAGAUUUCCGCCGAGGGGAAGUCGGAGCAAUGCCUAUAAUAAACCGAUCGACACGUGGGAUAAUUCCAACACGUGGGAUAACAGCACGGUGGCCGCAACGAACCAUACAGAAAAUUGGGAUGAUUUUCCUGGCACCGAUGAAUGGACGACUGAAGAGUACACCGGCAGCUUGGCCGACACGAAAGUGUUCACGCCGAGUGUUGCGGCACCUAUCGAUGCGAUCAAUGAAGCUCCUUCGAACGUCGGCUUGUCGAUGGACAACGCGGUCAUCAAUACCGGUCAACAACUCGGUCAAAACCUCCAAGCUGGCACCGGUCAGUUGCCUUCGCAGAGUCCUGUUCAGAUUGGAGGGACAUUGAACGCCGCACAGACGCAGUAUCUCAACCAACUCACUCAACAAAACAGCGAUAACUUAAAGCAGUACGGCAGUGCUCAUACUUAUCACGCUCAAAAUUCGGGUCAGGUAUACAACUCGGGUGCGAACACAACGGCGAAUCAGACAUACACGAGCAAUCAACAGUACGGCAGUUCGCCAAGCGGUUACGUGAACAGUUCGUAUCAGACGGGAAAUAAUAACUAUAAUGCAGGAGAACAACAAGCGGCGCAACAACCGGUGAGGACUAAGACGCAGAGGGCUAGGGUGCCGCCUCCGUCCAAGAUUCCUGCAAGUGCGGUCGAGAUGCCAGGAGAUCUAAACAGUAGCAUAGGCUACUUGGACGUCCAGUUCGGUGCUAUGGACUUCAUGUCGGACAGUAAUUCGUUCGAUAACGUUAACGAUAACAAGUACGGUUCAUCCAAUCCUGCAGGUUUGGAUAAUACGACUGUGACGUCGACUGCUAACAUGGAUCUCAGUACAAAUCAAAAUUCCACUCUUGACGCAUAUUCACCCAAAUCUAAUACACAAAGCAGUAUUAGCUCGGCGUUAACGCAGAGCCUAACGGAUAGCAUUCCACAAACAAGUGAACAUUUAACAAACGCCUACAAUACGGCUCCGAGGAGUUCAACGACUGGCAGUACGGCAACCCCAUCAGUCACACCGUCGGGUCUUGAUAUCGGUAAACAAAGCGAAAGUCAUUCGUACUCACAACAGUCGACAUAUAAUUCCUACCAGCAGAAAACCAACACGUAUAACGCGUCGACGUAUAGCGGCACGCAGACUUCCAAUUCGUACGUUUCAAAUCAAGCUAACAGUAAUUACGCGAACAGUCAAGCGGCUCCCUACAACACUCCUUAUCAAAAUGCUUAUUCGUCGGCGUCUUCUUAUCAGUCGAACGCGAAUGCUGGUGCUUUUCCAUCGAUAAGUCAGGCAAAUUCGUAUCCCUCGAAUAAUCAAUCUUAUCAACAGAAUUCCAGUCAAUCCGUUUAUGGUGCUAAUACCGGUUUGAGCAACAGUUCGAAUUUGGGCAACACAACGACGAGUCAGUACAACAGCUACAGUUCAGCAAGUAACCACAAACUAGGCAAGGACAGUGGUUACGAUAGCUCUUCGAACGCUGUUAGUAACACUCAAACUACGACAUCAAGUAAUGUAACAUCGACGACGGCACUGUCGUUGUCCCAGAGCACUAUCUCGGUGACGAAAUCAACAACGACGUUAGCGGCAAAGAAUUCGAGUAGUGUUGUUUCAAAUAUACCUCCAGGUGUGGCGCCAGUGAUGAGUACGCCGUAUAUCAUGGGACAAGUACCGUAUUUCCAACCGCCCGUUUACUCGUAUGAAGAAGUACAAAUGUUGCAGCAGAGGAUGCCACAUAUGACGACUCCCUACUAUGACAUGAGUUACCAGACUCCGACGACGUUGGCCGCUGUUAGAGAUGGCGCUUUGGGCAACGUAGGUUAUUCGAUGUCUUCGGAUGGGAGGUUCACGAGAGGUGACAACAACGCAUCGCCUGUACCUUCGACUCUCUCGCAACAAACCACUUCCUUGACGCAGGGACAUCAAGCUCAGCCGAUACUCGCCGGGGCCGGCCAUCCCUAUUUUUUCACCGCCUUGAAUACCUUUCCUAAUUACCAGUUCGGCAUGUACACGCAACUUCCGGCUGCGACGAAUGCCCAUGGUUCGAGUAACAGCACCCAGUACCCGAAACCGGCAACGUACGGUUCCGGCUACGGCAGUUACGACACGUUAAGUCAAACGCAAGAUUACAACAAAACCGGUUACGUCGGUAACAACCAAGCACAAAAAGGUGGCGGUGUUAAUGCGACAUCUACCGGUUCAAGUGGAAAUGAUUUGUCAAUGUACGGAAAAUCACACGCAGCUCUAGGAAAAGUUAAUUCGUAUGACAAACAGGGAUUCCAUUCCGGGACGCCACCGCCGUUUGCAGGGACUUUACAUGGACAGAACGCAGGCCUGGCGCCUAGUGGAACUGGUUACGGACCACAAGUCUAUAUACCGACGAUGACACCGCAUCAACAGCAACUGUCAACUCAGUUGAUGCAUCAACCGUUACAUCAGAUGGAUGUCAGGCACCAAGGCCGACGCGUGGAUUCUGGAAACAAUAGUGGAAAUCGGUCACAAUCCUCCAAUCCGGCCAAAGGGGGUGCAAAACAGCCGUACCAAACCUCUUACUGGAACCAAGCCUAAGACGGAUUCGGACACUCAUUGCUUUGCCCCGCCCGAAAUCGUUUCCAAUAGUUAUAAUUUAGCUAUUAAUUGUAUUUUAUAGAGCGUAUCAGCGUCAUAAAUUAUUACCCUGUAUUUAUUCAUGUCUUCGGUUUAUUGGAGGCGUCUUUAUGAUUUUUAUGUGAAAUAAAUGACUUGUGCGAGAUGGUUCUUUUUACAUUGUAUACAUCCACAGAUUUGAGUUUAUUUUGGUGUGCGUAGCGUGCAAUUUAAGUGCAAUUUUUUGUAUUGAUACGACUGUGGAUUAGUUUUCUCUUGUUUUGGCCAGUGGUUGUCGCAAAAAGUAAACGCUUAUGUACUUUAAACUUUGUAAUUAAUUUAAUCUCAAGUCUGUAUUAUAUAUUUUUAUAUUGGAUUAGUUUUGAUUUUUUUAUGUUUAGUUAUCGUGUUAUUUUUUUUUCGAGGCGAGUUGGUGAGCAGUGACGCUGAAAGAAUUUCGAAGUCAAUUUUUCAAGUUUCUCGGUUUUUAUAAAUGGACAUGGAUUCAAAAAUGUAAAUACAGCUUUAGAGUUACAAAGGAAUUUUCGUACUGAUCACAUGCUCUGUACCUAGUUCUGCCUGUGCAUUGUGCAGUAGUUUAGAAAAAUUCUUCUAGAUAAUUUGACGUAUGAUGCGCAGUCGUUUCGACUGACUCAGCUUAGGUCUUUCCAAUCUUUUUGAAAACUUGUAAGACGGUACGUUAAGGAUCGCUUAGUUUUUAUACAAGAGACUAGUGAAACGCCUAAGUUUUAACCUACAAUGUUUAGGUAGAUUUAUUAACUAAAUUAUCUUGUGUAUCUAUAUGCUACUUGUAUAAAAUAAUCACUUAUAAUUAUGUAGACACUGUAUAUGUGUAGUUUUGUUUUUUGUAUUUGCUAAUUACGAUAUGGAAAAUACACAUGGAUAAACCUUGACACACCUACUGUGUAUCGUUUAUUAUUAUAUUUUGUAUUUACAUUUUGUAGAUUCAUAAAAGAGGUAUGAAUGUUCAAAAAGAAUAAAACUUAAUAAAAUUGA